UCUUCAUGCAGUCGCUGCGGCAUCAAAAUCUCCAGCCUCACUGGGCAAAAGUCGGCGUCACCUCAACCCACCACAUCAUCUCAUCAAUGAGGCCUUCCCCAGUUUCGAGAGUAGCGUGUUCCGUACAGCUAAUUUAAUAUAGCCCCUUAUGGUUUGAAGAGAACUCACUCGAGUCUCCGUAACUCACUCUUUGGUGUUUUCCCUCGAGCCCCUUUUUAGGUUCUCUGGUGUAAGCCAAAUACAUGUAGUGGACAUACCACAAGCACUUCAAAGUUCAACUCUCUCAAGAAAAUGGGUUCAGACAACCCACCAAACACCAUCCUCAACCAAAGCCUCCUCGACGCCCCCGACUCCCCAGCAACCCGAUCCGCCAUCUCCACCGGACUCUGGGGCAACGACACACCCACCACACCCACCGCCGGCCAACGUCUACACAGCGCGGACCGCAACCCCACCAACCCCGACGACACCUACUGGACCUACUACCACCAAGAAUGCACCAAUGCCCUACACGACGGCGGCCGGCACGUCGCGGCCCGCACCCACGCCGACAUCGUCUCAUGCGCGGCCAAGCUGCGCCGCGGCAUGGCGCGCGAGGACGUCAAGGACGCGCUGCGGGCGGAACUGCUGCGCGCCCGGUGCCAUGCCAAUGACGAGGAGUUGUUGGACAACUCGGUCGACUUGACGGCGAGCCUGCUGCUGAUGGCCAACUUUGGGCGGUACGCCUACGGGUUUUCGGGGCGGAACAGGGUGUGCUGGACGAAGGGGUCGCUGGGGGAGUUUUUAAGGGAUUAUUUUGAGCCGGAGCGGAGGCUGGUGAAUGAGGGGGUGAAGCUGGAGAGGGUGUUUAAGGCGAGUAGUUUGGACCGGAUUGCUGGGUUGGAGGUGGUGUGGACGGAUAACUUGGCGGAUCACCUGCGUCUGACGGAUGAUGAUCGCAAGGUGCAUCUGUUUCAUCACGCUUCGUUUCUGGAGACGCAGCGGCAGAGCGCCGACAGCCUGCUGCCGAGCGGGCUCGCCGAGGAGACGCUCCGGACGCUGGCGCUGCUCUGUCCCACGGCUGACGCGGAGACCAAGCAGUGGCUGGCGGGGCUGCCCAACCACGGCGACCUCGACCGGGGCGUCAACCAGUGCGGGCGCCUCAAGACGGACGACCGGCGGAUCGACAACUUCUUCUUCUGGAGAGACCGGCUGGUGAUGGUGAAGCAGGUGUUUGACGAGGCGCAGCCCAAGACGAUCCGGCAGUGGUGGUACGACUCGCGCAAUGGGGUGCAGUGGUACACCUUCUGGGUUGCUGUCCUCGUGCUCGUGCUGACGGUGGUGUUUGGGCUCGUGCAGAGCGUGGAGGGGGCGCUGCAGGUGUAUGUCUCGUUCAAGGCGCUAGAUACGGGGGAGCAUCUUGGCCCGGGGGGAACCUGAUAUUUGGAGUCUCCCGAAAGUAAUACAGCAUCGAGUUGAAGUACUGAGGUCUCAUGAGAAAAAGAAAGGAGAACACAUGUUCUCCAUGUCGCCUAAUACGGGGCCGGCGGGCAACCGUGCAGGAAAGAUGGCGCGUGGCCGGGCCUAUGCGCUGCUUCACACACCCGUCUCAUUCACCUUUCCCCCCUGCUUGCGCUCGUGAG